CGAAAUCGGUAAAUUCCGCUUUCAUCCGAUAAAAGUCGGAGGUAAAACGAUAUAUCGAUUUUGGUGUUUGCUCGAAAGCAGGCAGCAAGUUGCUCGCCAUUCAUGGAUAUUUUAUCCUUUUUUGAUACAGAAAGACGAGAUUUUACUAGGAGCGAAGAUAAUUUCAUGAUGUCAGUAUAUGACAAGAAAAGAUUGAAGCUUGAUUUAACAAGCAAAGUUAAAAAACAAGACAAUAAUAAUGCGGUUCUUACUUCACCUGACUUGAUAAAGUUGAAGCUUGAUUCGCCAGAACUCGAAAGAAUUAUCCUAGCUACUGCUGGCAGCGCUACUCCGACCCCAAAACAGUACAGACGAAUAAAAGGAGCUUCAGAUCUUACUGUGAAAGAACAGCAAGAACAAUAUGUACGAGGAUUUGAAGAUGCUCUCAAUAAAAUGAGACAAGAAACUACAACACAGUCGAACAACGAGCCCAUUGCUUCGACACUAAAUACUAUAAUCUCUAACAAUAAUAACACUACCACAAAAACGGCUCUUGAAAAUGAAAUUGGGAUAAACCAUCAACCAGUAAAUGGGUCAUCAUAUCCGUUUAUAAAAUGCAAUUCCACUCUACCGAACACUUUGUAUCCAAGUACAAAUUUUGUCAACACAAGCAGUGGUUUUCAACUAAAAACUCCAGCCAGCCUAACUUUGCCCGUAACAACGACAAAUCACAUGAGAACGGUUGGAAAUUCUUCGGUUGUUCGAGUGAAAACAGGAAUAGGGAACAAUGAACAGGAUGAUAUAACAGCAGCGCAAUUAUUGGUGGAACCAGUACAGGGUAGUUCUCAAAGUGCGCCAGAACAAUGCCAAAUUACCUCGGUUGCUACGACAAGUUUUACUCAACUUUCUACAGUUCCUAUCGACUUGCAUCAACAGGAAGAAGUUAAAACAGAACGAAAGAAACACAGAAAUCGUGUGGCGGCAUCAAAAUGUCGAAAACGUAAACUAGAAAGGGAAUCUAACUUGCAAGAUACUGUAAAUGAGUUAAAAGAAAGACAUAACGAAUUAAGUAAUAUUGCUUCCAUUUUGAGACAGCAGGUUUGUGAUUUAAAACUUCAGGUUAUGGAUCACAUGAAAAGUGGUUGUGAAGUACUCCCAGUAGCAGCAACCUAAAAAUAUUGUGAGUAAAGAUAUGUUAUUAUUUUAACAAUAUAUUUUCGUCAAGUGUAGUUAUAAAAGUGGUGCAUCUAGUUGACCACUGUAUUUUAUUUUAUCUAAGAUAAAAAGGUAAUUAUGCAUAAUAUUACUAUGUGUAUAAAGCAUGUUUCAUAAUGCUUUUAUAGUGUAACUUUAUUAUUUAGUUAGGUGUGUAAACCAGAAUCAAAAUGUUUUAUUUGUGCCUUCCCUACUGAAACACAAACUGUAGUACCAAGUAUCAAGCUGUCCUAUUAGAAAUUCUAAUUCCUUAUUAGAACUACAGUCUACUAAUAAUUUACUAAAUGGGUAAAUUAUAAAAUUUCUAAUGAACUAAUGAAAAGUUUAUUUCAUUUUGCACAAAGCGUGUUCAUCAAUUAGUUUUGUUAUUGAAUUGUUUGAAAAGAAUUAAGAGGACACAGUAGGACUGUUUGGUAUGAGAAAUUUCUGGUGUCAAUAUAUUUUUUAAAAAUAUUUGAAAAUAUUUUCAAACGAGAUGUAGGCGGCAGUGCUUUUUCUUAAAGUUUUCACUUAAAUAACUGAUACAGUAUUCUGAUAUUGUAUAACAUUAUACUAAACAGUGCUGUCAAUGAGACAUAUUUCCAACAACUGUGCUGUUUUUUUUUGUUUUUUUUUUAUAUACGUGCAUCUCACAAAUAUGUCUUUAAUUAAUCAAAAACCCUCAAUUCAACCUAAAGCCCUUUAAAAGCAGAAUAAUUUGCAUUAACCACCAUAUUAGAAUAGGUUAACAUCAAAUUUAUACCUAUAUUGAAUUUUAUAAUUUCCUGCACCUACAUUGACCAUUAUUUGUAUGUCUGUGAAUGUUUUUUAUUUCUGGUUUACAUGCCUCUAAAUUUAGCUAUUACACAGUAUAUGCAUGUUUAAUUUGAUUGAUAAAUAGAUUGUA